CACCUUCGACAGCAGCACAAGGCAGAAGGAAGCACUAGACAGCUCAAGAACACCACAUCACAGGAUCGAAAUUGCCCGAAACGUCGCCGACUGACCGUUUGACACCACCACAAGCCACCGAAGCUCAAAAGAGCUGUGAAAACCGUCAAGAUGGCAAUGAAUCUCGACCUUUCGAAUGCUUCUGUAAUGAAGGAUGAGCAGGGACGACCCUUCAUUAUCGUCCGAGAUCAGGGCAAGAAGAAGCGCCAGUACGGCAACGAAGCUGUCAAGUCACACAUUUUGGCAGCCCGCACUGUCGCAAACAUUGUCAAGACCUCUCUGGGUCCCCGUGGGCUCGACAAGAUCCUUAUUUCUCCCGAUGGCGACAUCACCGUAACCAAUGAUGGCGCAACUAUCCUACAACAGAUGGAGAUUUCCAACCAUGUGGCGAAGCUGCUCGUUGAGCUUUCCAAGUCACAAGAUGACGAGAUUGGUGACGGAACAACUGGUGUAGUGGUGCUGGCAGGCGCUCUCCUCGAGCAGGCUGCCGAGCUUAUUGACAAGGGCAUCCACCCCAUCCGAAUCGCCGACGGGUACGACCAAGCGUGUGAUAUUGCAGUGGCAGAGCUGGAUCGCAUAUCAGACACCAUUGAAUUCAACCAAACAAACACACAGAACCUCCUCAAGGUCGCACGGACGAGUUUAGGCAGCAAGAUCGUUUCCAAGGCACAUGACCAGUUCGCCAAGAUCGCCGUUGAUGCUGUUUUAUCAGUUGCCGAUCUAGAGCGGAAAGACGUCGACUUCGAGCUCAUCAAGGUUGACGGAAAGGUGGGCGGCGCGCUGGAGGAUUCCCUAUUGGUAAAGGGCGUCAUCGUCGACAAGGACUUCUCACAUCCCCAGAUGCCCUCUGAGGUCAAGGAUGCCAAGAUUGCCAUCUUAACAUGCGCUUUCGAGCCUCCUAAGCCCAAGACCAAGCACAGACUUGAUGUCACGUCAGUGGAGGAGUUUAAGAAGCUGCAGAACUACGAGCGUGAGAAGUUCAUUGAGAUGAUCCAGCAGAUCAAGGACACGGGUGCCAACUUGGUAAUUUGCCAGUGGGGUUUCGAUGACGAGGCAAACCAUUUGCUGCUACAGAACGAUCUGCCUGCGGUAAGGUGGGUUGGUGGUCCGGAGAUCGAGCUCAUUGCUAUUGCGACAAACGGCAGAAUAGUACCGCGGUUCGAAGACCUGAAGGCGGAGAAGCUCGGCAAGGCUGGUAUCGUGCGAGAGAUGACUUUUGGUACGACGAGGGAGAAAAUGCUGGUGAUUGAGGAAUGCGCAAACACUAGGGCUGUUACCGUCUUCGUUAGAGGCAGCAACAAGAUGAUCAUCGACGAAGCCAAGCGCUCCCUGCACGAUGCCUUGUGUGUGGUGCGAAAUCUGGUGCGCGACAACCGCGUUGUCUACGGUGGAGGUGCCGCAGAGAUUGCCUGCUCACUGGCUGUUGAGGACGAGGCAGUCAAGACACCCGGCCUGGAGCAGUACGCUAUGCGUGCCUUCGCCGAGGCUCUUGAUGCUGUCCCCAUGGCUCUCGCAGAGAACAGCGGUCUAAAUCCCAUCGCAACUCUUGCUGAAGUCAAGUCACAACAAGUCAAGGGUGGAGAAUCGAGCCGCGGCAAAUUGGGUGUUGACUGCAUGGCUAGUGGAAGCAACGACAUGAAGGAGGCGUUUGUGAUUGAUCCAUUGAUCGGCAAACGGCAACAACUAAUGUUGGCUACACAACUGUGCCGCAUGGUGCUGAAAGUCAACAACGUCAUUGUAAGCGGUUCAGGGGAGGACGAUUUCUAGAUGCCCAAGUUUGUUGUUAGGAAACCAAAAAGGCGCAGCCAAAGGAAGGCUUGUACCGUGCAUGGAUGAGCUACAUAGACUAUUGCAAAGGUCAUGAUACCUGAAUUAUAGAUGAAGCACAUAUCUGAACCUCG